CAACGACAAAACAGCAGGAAGCGUCAUAUCUCCGUUCUCCACCCGAUCAUUUCUCAUCCAACGUUCAUCAACCUUUUGACUACCUUUUGCAUGCUUGCCACGUAUUCAAAUGAUGUGAUUCCCCCAAAAAAAACACACACUAUUCCCUUCCCCCCUUUCUUACCUGAAAUUCGCUGAUAUGGGACUCCGGCUUUUCACCUCCUCCACACCCAAAACUUCUCUAUAUGGUCUCUGAUUCGCGACUUUAAAACUUCAAUUCGAAGAUCCUUUCUUGCUUCACCACUGGAUCUUGCUGUUUGUUUCCGAUUUUUUUAGGGUUGAUGCAAAACCUAUCUGGGAUUUGAUUCAAUUCGAUUCAGUUCAGCAGGCUUGACAUGUUUUAACCAUGACUGGUGUGUACCCCUGAUGGUUUUCAGGAUGAGUCAGGAGAUAAAGUUACAUGGAGAUGUUUACUUUGGUAAUGUCAAGGGUAAACUCCCCCAUGGCAUGGGUAGCUACACAUGGUCAGAUGGCACAGUUUAUGAUGGUUAUUGGGAAGAUGGAAAGAUGUGUGGUAGAGGUCGAAUCUCAUGGUCAUCCGGAACAAGUUAUGAGGGUGAUUUUUCUGGUGGAUAUCUCCAUGGUUUUGGCACUUUAAAAACUCCUGAUGGAUCUGUAUACAAAGGGUCAUGGAGAUUGAACAUUCAAAAUGGUGUUGGAAGAAAAGAGUAUAGUAAUUCCGAUGUUUAUGAUGGUUGUUGGAAAGAUGGAGCUCAUGAAGGAAGUGGAAAGUACGCUUGGGGGAAUGGAAACACGUAUAUAGGGAACUGGAAAUCAGGUAAAAUGUUUGGUAGAGGGGUAAUGAAAUGGGUAAAUGGUGACCUUUUUGAUGGAUCUUGGUUAAAUGGGUAUAGACAUGGGUCAGGUGUUUAUAGGUUUUCAGAUGGUAGUUACUAUUUUGGGACAUGGACAAAAGGGCUUAAAGAUGGUCAAGGCACAUUUUAUCCUGCAGGAAGUAAAUGCUCAUCUUUUAGAAAGACAGCUCAUUCUCAAAGAUUCAGGGAUCCAGAACGUAAUGUUACUCGAACUUAUUCUGAAAAAAUUACUUUUAGUGGUUUUUUUAGAGAGUCAGGUCGUAUAACAAGCAGGAGAAUCCCGCCAGAUGACGAUUAUGCCCUUGGGGAUUCCACUAGAGAGUUUUCUGCUUCUGAGAGAACAGAAAUGUUUUCUCAUAUCUCAGAUGAAGGUGGAAGUGAAGUAGAUGAUGAUAGUACUGUGGCAUGGGAAAGAGAGUACAUGCAAGGUGUUUUAAUGAAAGAACGUGUUAAGAAUCAUUCAGGGGCGUUAUCGUCCAAAAGCAAGCAAAGUAAACGUAUCACAAACGAAUCGAAACAGAAAUCAUGUGUGGAUAUUUUUGAAGGUCAUAAAAGCUACUGUUUGAUGCUUAAUCUUCAACUAGGUAUCAGGUACACAGUUGGCAAGAUUACACCAGUUCCUAUGCGUGAAGUGAGGUCUUCAGACUUUGGGGAACGUGCUAGAAUAAGGAUGUAUUUCCCAAGAAAAGGCUCACAGUUUACACCUCCACAUUAUUCUGUUGACUUCCAUUGGAAAGACUACUGUCCCAUGGUCUUCAGGAAUUUGAGAGAGAUGUUUAAGUUAGACGCUGCAGAGUAUAUGAUGUCAAUCUGUGGGGAUGAUGGAUUGAGAGAGCUUUCUUCUCCAGGGAAAAGUGGCAGCUUAUUUUAUCUCUCUCAUGAUGACAGAUUUGUAAUCAAGACUCUAAGAAGAUCUGAGCUGAAGGUUCUGUUGAAGAUGCUUCCUAGCUAUUAUGAUCAUGUUAAAAAGUAUGACAACACUUUGAUCACCAAGUUUUUUGGACUCCAUGAGAUAACACUAAGAGGUGGCAAGAAGGUGCGAUUCAUAGUGAUGGGAAACAUGUUUAAAACAGAAUUACGGAUACACAGGAGGUAUGAUCUGAAGGGUUCAUAUCAAGGAAGAUUUACAAAUAAAGAUCAUAUAGACGAGGGCACCACAUUAAAAGACCUUGAUCUUGCAUAUGAAUUUCAUAUGGACAGGACAUUGCGUGAGGCCCUUUUCGAGCAAAUCCAGCUAGACUGUUCGUUUUUAGAAUCUCAGCAGAUUAUUGAUUAUAGUCUUCUACUUGGAUUGCAUUUUAGAGCUCCUGAGCAUUUGAAGGCUCUGUUGGAAGCGCCAGAUGCAGAGCAUGGGUCUUCUUCAUCUCUUGAAUUUGACGAUGGUAAAUUUCAAUGUCAAUUGUCUUUUAUUUUGAUUAAAAUUGAAAAUUUAGAAAUGAUUUUUAAUUUAGGUUCAAAAUCGGGUGAGCUGUCAAUCCCUCCAACGGGUCUUCUCCUAGUGACACAUGAACCCAGUUCAGUGAACACUGCACCAGGUCCUCACAUAAGAGGAAACACCUUAAGAGCGUUUUCUGUAGGAGACAAGGAAGUCGAUCUCCUUCUUCCAGGAACUGGAAGAUUACGAGUGCAAUUAGGGGUAAACAUGCCAGCUCAGGCAAACCGGAAAGUUUCACAAGAGGUUUCUGGUUCAACAGAGGUGGAACUUUUUGAGGUUUAUGAUGUUGUUCUUUAUCUUGGAAUAAUUGAUAUUCUACAAGAUUAUAACAUGAGAAAGAAAAUAGAGCAAGCCUGUAAAUCCGUUCGAUAUGAUCCCAUUUCAAUAUCUGUUGCCGAUCCUAAAUUUUACUCCAAGCGUUUCAUCGAUUUUCUUCACAAGGUUUUUCCUGUUGAUCCCUGAAACUCCAUUAAGAUUUUUUUAUUAUACCUAUACCCAAGUAUAUAGUUUUUCCUUUUAAUUAAUAUUAUCCUUUUUCUUGUAACUUUUAUGUAUCAUAAUCAUAUCAUGCUCUCUCUUAUUUUUUGCAACUUUUAUUAUUAUGUAAUAAACUAAUUCAAGCCUAUCUUGUUUCAA